GUGGGACCCAUGGAGAGAUGCUUACCUCGUCCAGAGGAAAGCCCCCCGCCCCCCCAGAGUUCAGUCGUUCAGCGGGAGAAGGCUGCCCUCUUGUGGAGAAAUGCAUGUAGAGUCAGACUAUUCAAAUAUAGUACAGAGCCUUUAUUGCCACCGAUACUAAGAAUGCUGCUCCUUGUUGGUGCAUGAAAUCAAAGAGUAUUCAAGUAAAAAAAAAUUACAUUACACACAAUGUGUCACAGUUAAAAACAAUAUAAAUACAAACAAACAAUCAUAAGCAGCGGAUUGCGCAGUCCACAGUAGUUGAACAGUUGCACAACCUUGGAGCCACGCUUGGUUUCUACACUAGUCACCGUUUCUCAUUUUCUUUCCUUUAUUAAUUCAUUUGAACUGGGACAAUGUACUUUGUGAACACUACCGUAAAUGCUCCAGAUUUAGCCAAUAGGCUAUAGUAUUCAUCUGCAGUCCCUGGACAGAUGUUACAAAGUCAUCCUUGAAUGAAAAAGAAAUGUAUAAAAUUGUAAUUUCAAGUUUUUCCAUUAUUUUUCGGCAUGCAGAACAAUAAUGAAGAUAAAAGAUCAUAUUUGUGUUAGACACAAGCUGAAGCACAUACCGCAGCAGCACAGAUCUAACAAGCAUGCACAGUCAGUGUAUAAAAAACACAUUAGUCUGACAUGGCAAAACCGCAAUAAAAGGCCUAGGGCAGUUAGCAAUAUAAUGACAGGCGACGGCAGUCAACAGAUAAAUCACAAGAUUAAAACUCAGAUAUUAAAUCAAAUCCAACCAUUCUCCAGCCCUCUAAUAAAAUACGAGCAAAUUUAUGACCGAGAACCCCUUUCCACAGAGAAAUGUUGUAUUUUAAAAUAGAAAUUAUUACACUAAUUUGAAAAAAAAACCACCCACCCAUCUUCCUCUCUGAUGUAAUUGGCUCAUGGGUGAGUGUGUAAGUUUAGGUACAAAAAGCUUUAUGUAAUAAGAACUGAGCGCCUAAAACUGAAGUUAUCACAUCACCCUAUCACGGUGUGUGACAUCACUGCUGGCCUGGUUCGAUCCAACAGUGACAACGGUGAUGUCAUCACUGCAUUGCCGGUGAUGUCACCCGCUUUCAUUUACUUUGAUUUUCACUAUCUUUGAACUUCAGAGCCUCUGUGCCUUUUAAAGCACAAAUCACUAAAGCGUUUCACCAUCUCAGUCUUUACACAGCCGCAACUACGAGUUCUAGUUCAUACUUAAAUCUUUGAUCCUUGAUGAAAUCAUCCAACAUGGUUGAAGCUAUGAAUCCACCAGAAGGCAUCUACAUCCAAAUACAGAAGCCGACGGUUCCAAGGUACGUGUCCAAGUUCAGACCGACUCUUGAGAGCAUGAAGAAGGAGGCACGGAGAACGAUGGGGCCAGCAAAAGUAGAGGUGUCAGUCCCAGACAAAUACCUCAAAAAGCAUUCAAAAGAGCCCAAACUGCCUGAAAUAUCCUCGAAAUUCGUCCGUACCAACUGCUCUGGGAAGAAACCAGCUGUUCCUGCGAGGACGGGCAAUGCACCUGUGGACAUCCAAACCAAGAGGGACCAAGAGAGUACCACGGGAGAAUGUACACAGACGACCAAGGUCGCUCCGAAGAAGCCAGAGCCGAUCUUUGUGGACACCAGAAAGGGACACAAGCAGCCCAUUGAAAAUUCAGGACUUGUCCCCAAACACAUCAAUAAAAAGAAUUUUGGAGCAGUGCCCGGGUACGUUCUCCAGCGCAAUGAAGAAAAGCAGAGGGCUCGGGAGGAGUUCGACAAGUUCCUGAAACAACAGCAGGAGCAGGAAGCCAAGAAAAAAUGGACUGACGCAGAGCAAAAAAACAUUCUCAAGGUACUGGAAAAGACAAUUGUUUUCCUAAAGGGCCUUAAGAGCUGGGAGAAGUCUCACCCUGAGUUCCAGAGCCUCCCGACCAUCAGAGACUUGAUAUCACAGAACAAAAACAGGGAGCGGGUUGACAUGGAGAUGAAGAAGCUGGAGGACGAAAUCAACCUCGUAGAGAGGUUCAAAACCACCUACUUACCCGAACACGAAAACAAAACGCAUGGCCUUAGAUUUACCCAACUGUUUUUCCUCACCUCCCCUCAUUUAAAUGUCAAGCGGGUUUAAAUAAACCUACCUUGCUCGCUGAUCACAACCAAGAUGGAAUGAGUUAAUGGGGAAAAAAAGGGAUUCAAUCUUUCCUUCUUUUUUUUUUUUUUAAGAGAAUGUACAACACAACAUCGCAUGAUGUUACAUGCUUUCAUUUUCAAAAAAAAUAAACAAACCUGCUUUGA